CUCAGGGCUGGGGAGCAGAAGGUGCCAGGCUCACCGGGCUUUUUGGGAAAGAUCAGAAGAUAGUGUCAAAGGACCCGGACUGGGGUGCAGGGAACUGAUGCCCGCGUUUCAGAUGGGGAGUCCCGGUCGAGGAGGCUGGGUUGCGCCCCCUCGUCAAGUGCAAGGUGCAAAGGUGUCUGGAGGUUCUUCUGCCUCGACACUUCCCCACAUGGGCGCCCUCCGACUCCUCUUGGUUCCCAAGCCCCCUAGUGGGACUCUCUGAAGCAACAUCAACCCUAUAGCACCCUUGCGACCACGGAACCCCUUCAACCAUAGUCCUACGGCACGAAGCGCGCCGCGCACGCGCGCCGAGCUCAGCGACAGCCCCGCCUCUAGCUUGCCUCGACCCGCCUCUUCCGCCCCCUGGGGCGGGGGCUAAACGUGGCUUCCGCCGGAAACCUAGAAUCCAGCCGAAAAUCAAGCUCAGAAGCUGCUGUCUGGGUGGUGCUCCUGGCUCUUUCUCGUUUCCCGUUUCCAAGUUUAGGUUUUCACGCCCACCUCUAAGAGGGUCCUGAGACCCCCACGCCACCCCCCACAUUCCAGCUUCGGCAGCAAAUUACUGCAGAACCUGAAGUCAGGGAAGGAACCCGUUUCCGUCCUCACUUCCCACAGUCUCCUGCCCUUCUCCCCGGCCCCUCUGCCGCCCUGACCAUGGCCCAGAAGCCGAAGGUAGACCCCCACGUCGGGCGCCUGGGAUACCUGCAGGCACUGGUUACGGAAUUCCAGGAGACGGAGAGCCAGGACGCCAAGGAGCAAGUACUGGCCAACCUCGCCAACUUCGCCUAUGAUCCCAGUAACUACCCGUAUCUGCGGCAGCUGCAGGUCCUUGAUUUAUUCCUCGAUUCCCUGUCGGAGGAGAAUGAAACCCUGGUGGAGUUUGCAAUUGCUUCUGCCAUAUGAGUGGUGACAGUGGUCCCUGCGACACACAGCCUCCACCAAGGAGUGAUGGAGCUCCUCCAGCUCAAGCUUUGGACGGGUGCAAACUUGGAUAAAAGGAGCAGUCCCCCACAAAAAGUUUGUGCAGAUCAGGAACUUGCCCAGGGCAAGAGUACUCUUAAGACCCUGGGCUGCUGAGUGGGAGACUUGGGCCUGGCCUGGGUUCUUGCUCUCCUGGGCAGCCUCCCAGAGUGGGUGAUGCAUCUGUCCCUUCUCUGAGAUCCGUCUCCUCACCUUGCUUGCCCUGCAUUGCAGGACUGUCGUGGGGAGCAGAAUGGGCUCCAUGAAGGUACUGGCUGGUCACUUUCUUAGUAUCUUCAUCCCCAGUUUUCCUUUUCCCUGCCGCUUUUCCUCAUUUUCUCUUCCUUUCCUUCAACCGGCACAAGGUUCCUAAUCCCCAGAGUAGUCGCUUUCUCAGCCUUGAAUCCCUCCAUGGGAUUGUCUGCAGAGUAAAUUUCUCUUGUAUUUUUUGUGCAUGACUUACGAGGAGAGGCCCAGUAGUACUUAGAUGCAUAUUUUGUUACUGCUGUCAUUUCCUUUUCUCUGCAUGUCGCUGGCCCUGAAUGGGAAACACUGUCAGGUGCCUUUUUGGCUAAUAGGCUCUGUGUUGUGCUUUUGUAGCUUUGACUCUUUUAUCUCUGGUGGCAGGGAUGAAAUUUAUCUCCACGAGGGCAGAGCUCAGCUUUGCUUAUCUCUGCGGUAGAGGAGAGAAGGGCCUAGAAGGUGUGGAGUAUGGGCCCUAACUCAGUGCUGUAGCCCUGAGCAGGACUGAUUCUGGAGUGACCGCAGAGAGGAGAGCUGGUUUAGAUCACCUUGGGCUCGCAGAACCAAAACUAGUGUCUCUUGGUUGGCAGGGAGCACAGUGAGUUUGAUAAGAGCUGGGCUUUAGGGUCAGGCAGGUCUGGGUCCAAGUCCUCGCUCUCCCACUUAACUCUGGGCAUGUGAUUUCCUUUCUCUGGUCAUCUGUUAGGUGGGGCAUCUGCCUUGCGGAAUUGUUGAGAGAAUUAAAUGAGACAAAGUGUCUGCAGCUUCAGGAUCCUCUAGGCCUCCACCCAAGGGCCUGGUGUUCAGGCCCUUUUGAGGAUAAACAGUUUUCUCAUGUCUCAAAGAGGUGAGGUGGGAUGGCUUACUGUAGCCAGUCUCCUAGUUACAGAGCCGGUGCUCUGGGACUUAGAAGGACUUACAGUACUAGCUAGCACUUUCAGAGCACCCUCUGUGUGCCCAGUUCUGGCUCCUGUACUUUGUCACCUUUGACCCUGAGACACACUAAAAGUAGGUGUGCUCAGAACCUCCAUUUUCGGGGUGCCUGGGUGGCUCAGUGGGUCGUGAUCUCAGGGUCCUGGGAUCGAGCCCUGCAUCGGGCUCUCUGCUUGGUGGGGAGCCUGCUUCCCACCCCCCUCUCUGCCUGCCUCUCUGCCUACUUGUGAUCUCUCUCUCUCUCUCUCUGUGUCAAAUAAAUAAAUAAAAUCAUUUAAAAAAAAAAAAAAAAAACCUCCAUUUUCCGUGCGGAGUCUGAAGCUUAGGAAGGAUCAGUGGGUCAGCCAAAGGUUUAAAGAUGGCCAGCCUGGAACGGAAACCCAAGGCUGUCAGAUUCUAGAAGAGAACACAGGAGUUCCCCCAUUCCGUGGAUUGUGCAUUGUGAAAGCUUGCAAGGCACUGCAGACCCUCCAUUUCACUGAUGAGGAAACUGAGGCAUGGACCACCCAGCCUCAGCUGAUUAGUGGCAGGUCAGGGUCAGAACGCGGGCUUCCAUCCAUCCUCACAGCCCAGCACGAUCGCAGGCAUCUUUCCAGGUGGUGCUGAUGCGUUCAGCUCUGAGAUAAGACCUCUCCUAUCACACGGCCCUGCCGGCUCUGAGGGCUGAAAGCAGCCACAGUCACUCACCGGUGGCAAGCUGGUGUGCCUGACUGUUGACUUCUGGGGAGGCCACUUCCCGUGACCCCUCAGACACCCUGGGCAGGAUAAGUGUAGCCUUCAAGAUGAAUCUGGUUACCAGGAUUGCCAGUAACACGCAGGGCUUUUUGAGUCUCUGUACCUUCCCCUUUCUUGACCUUUUGUGGAUUUGCACAUUUAGAACAAUUGUAGAGCUGUUUUACCCUUUUGUUGUCGUCCUGCUAGGGCUCUGUAUGUGUCACCAACCACAAGGCCCGUAGUACUAAAUCCUCUUUACGUGUGAGGAAACAAGUCCUCAGUGAGGUUAGGUGUGUUGUCUGAGGCUCCCACUGUUCGUGAUGACUGGAGCCAGGAAUUUACCCAUCCUGCCUGGAUCCAAAUUCUGUCCCCAGGGGCCCUGGCUGACGGAGCCAAGACUCAAACUCCAGAGUGUCCUCUUUCCUUGUUCUUUCUUUCCACCACACCUUGCACUUUCACACUGUCCUCCAGGUGUUUCUGGUGGGAAUUCAUCCCUGCUCCUACUGGUGGUGCUCACAGUUCAGGCCACGUCUGAUUGGUAACUAAGAGAAACUGCCACUGGGAGGCCAUACUGGUUGGCCCCUGCUUGGGGUCAGGGGGAUGGGAGUGGGAGAAUUAUGAAGGACCAGCUAUAAAGCCAGGAUCUCAGUAAAUACCCAAGUGGGUGAAAGAAUUUGGGGCUCUUGCUCCAAAUAAAAACUCAGACAGCCUUUGGCAUUUAUUUGGGAAUGUUUGCCCAAAGCACUGUUGGUUGAUUCUCAGGUGUUCUGUACGCAGCCUAUGCGUCUCUCCUAGAUGCUGUAUGGAGAUAGAAUGGAACCAGGAGAGAACUCUCUGCCUCCAUGAAAACUGGUUGAAUCCUAGGAUUUCACAGAAUACUUGGCAGUUUUGUUACUAAAACAGGAUUCAAGUAGGUGGCCUCCCAGAAUUCAUGUUAAAUUGUUUUCCUGCGUUCUAUUUCCUGCAAUACAUAUAGUUGCCACCAGAUGGUGGUGGUGCUCAGAAAAAGACUGGUAGGGGCACCUGGGUGGCUCCGUCAUUAAGCCACUGCCUUCUGCUCAGGUCAGGAUCCCAGGGUCUUGGGAUGGAGCACCACAUCAGUCUCCCUGCUCAGCGG